AUGAAGUGGAAUUUUAUUGCCAUUGUGCACACAGAGGAGGAGGAAGCAUUGCAUGAAUAUAUCGACCUGGACAAUAAUGAGCCCGCAAAUGGUGAUGAGGUUGAUGAUGCUGAUGAGGAUCCUGAAGAUGAGCUGAAGCGGCUAAUGAAAGAACAGAACUCAUCUGUUUACACGUUUUCGAUCCCACACCGCACAUCAUUGAGAUUGGUGAUCAUUGUGCGCAUGAGUUCAAGUGCCAAGCAAGUCUGA